CCCCCUCCUCAAGAAACCCCAAAACAACACAAUACACACACACACACACUUCUUUUCACAUAAGAGAUUGAGAACAAGAAAACCCUCCAUUAAUCUCUGCAACAUGAGCACCACUACACAGACCUCGAAAGAGAGCUCCAAUGGCGGCCAAACCCAGAACAGGAAGCCACCAAAACGCACCACCAUAAUGAGAAUCAUAGGAAGAACAAUGCUGGGAAUUAUAAUCCUUUUGGGGCUCUCCAUGGUCAUAAACUGGCUUCUCAUCAUCCCCAAAGCUCCCACUUACAAUGUGGAGACUUGCAAUGUCACAGCCAACGCAUUAACAGACAGAAACCUCAACGCCACCCUCGCUUUUACCAUCAAAACCUCCAAUCCCAACCGGAGAGCCGCCAUCGACAUCGACUCCAUGAGAGUUACGGUGGAAUACCUCGGCCAGAGGUUUCGCUCCACCGUCCCCUCCUUCUCCCUCGCCCCCGGGAAACAGACCCUCCUCAAGCCCGCCGUCGAGGUUUUCUCCACAUCGCCCUUUGGGAAUCUCAACGACACCGUACGCUCCAACGGGUUCGAAGUCGACCUUCGCCUCGAGGCGAAGAUCAGGUACGCUAUCGAGAAAUGGACAUCGAAACGUCGAUCGCUGGAGAUCUACUGUGAUUUGGUGGGCGGGCUAAAGAUCAACACUUCUACACCCCUUGAUAACAAAAAAUGCAGAGUGGAUCUCUGAGAAUUACUUAAUGAUCUUAAGAAGUUGUUGGAAGUUUGCAGCUAAUUUUGGACAAGGAAAGUUUUAUUGUUUUCCGAAAUUAUUGAUCAAACCAUAUAGAAUAAUAAUGUGGUUGAUAAUUCUAUGUUGUUCUUACUGUACGAGAGAGAAAUUCAAAUUUGUAAUUUGAAUAGCGGUCACGGAAUGAUUAUUGUGGAGAAGGAAUAGUUUUUAUAUAAAGAAGUAGCAAUACGUUGAAUUA